AUGUACAUAAAUGACCUCAGGAACGUAAUAACGCAUUGCAAGCACAUCCUGUAUGCCGAUGAUCUACAUUUUCCUCCACACGAUAUAGCGUCUGCUGUUGAGAGGGCGAGGGCUGACAUUGCUGUGAUGGAGUGGUGGGUCCUUAGCAAUCGCCUUUCAUUAAAUGUCGGGAAGACUAAGGCGAUUCUUCUGGGUUGCGCCAGAUACACCAAUGCUCUUUCACUAGCGAAUAUUGAUCUCGAGCUGCACGGAGAGUCAAUUGAAUUGACGGACAGUAUCAGGAAUCUCGGCCUCAAAAUUAGCGGGACUCUAAGCUGGUCAGAUCAUGUCCAAAGCAUUGCAAAUCGAGUCAACGGUGUACUCUGGGGACUUAAACGAAACAAAAUCUGUCUGUCGGUUCCGUUGCGCACCCAGUUCGUCUCGGUGUUGAUAUUUCCGAUAUUCGAUUACUGUGCGGCAGUACUAACUGAUCUCACCGGUCAGUAA